AAUGGAGGCUGAUUACUCUACACCAUUGAAUUAUGAGGCAAUAUUUACUGCAAAUUGUUCUAUAGACAGAAUUCCAGGCAUUUUUACAUAUGAAUAUAGUUUUAUCUUUAAAGCAACUCAACAAAGUUUAGUAAAUGGCGAUCCGCAUUUUUCUCAACUGAUCUAUGAUCAACAAUCUCAAACUACUAAUUUAAUUUGUUAUGAUAUUGUUGGUAAAUCUGAUCAAAGAAUUCAAAUUAUUGAAUUUGAAAAGGAGAAAAUUGAAAUUUCUGGAAAAUUACUCGAUGAUUAUUAUAUGCAUGAAAUCAAUCUCUAUUCCAAUAUCAUCAAUAUGACAACAACUACAAAAGGCCUAUUUGUUGAUAAUAUUCCAAUUUGCUCACUCAAUGGUCAUAAUUCUUAUAAUGAACAAAAAAUUGGAAUGUACAUUGUGCAAUAA